AUGGCUGACACCACUGAGCAGCCCAUGACUGCCGCCGAGGUCCCUGUCGCCGAAGCUCCAGCCCCAGAGGCGCCCGUUGCCGUCGCAGACCCGAUUGCCAAGCCAGAUGCGCCUGUCCAGCAGGACACGCCCGCCACCACAGGCGGCGAGGAGUCAGAAGAGGACAUCAACUCUAAGAAGGUGACCCUUGCGGAUUGGACUGCCAAGGGCACUGCGCUCUACGCCAAGAAGCAAUACGAAGAGGCGGCCGACUGCUUUACGAAGGCGGCGGAGCUUCAAAGCGAGAUCAAUGGCGACCUGAACCCCCAGAAUGCUGAAAUCCUGUUCCUCUACGGUCGCAGCAUUUUCAAGAUCGGUCAGAGCAAGAGCGACGUACUGGGAGGCAAGAGCAGCAGCGAGAAAAAGGUCGAGAAGCCGACACCCAAAGCCAAGAAGGCUGCCCCGGCUGCACCAGUUCCCGCUGCGACGGCCGAUGCGCCUGCCGAGACCGAGGCGAAUAGGAUAACCGAGGAGGGCAUCGCGAUUGUCGCUAGCGAAACGGCCGGCGCGAAGACGGAGGAGACUGUCGAGGAGAAGAAGCCCCUCUUCCAGUUCACUGGCGACGAGAACUUCGACGAGUCGGAUGAGGAAGAGGACGAGGGCGAAGGCGAUGCGGAAGAUGAAGAAGACGAUGAUCUCGCCAACGCGUUUCAUAUCCUGGACCUUGCCGCCCGCGGCUUCCGACUCCAGCUCGAGCGAUUGGAGAAGGAGGAGCCCAAUGGCAAGGCUGAGGAGCAGAUCAAUGCCGACAAGAGCACCCUCAGGCACAUUAAGGAACGCCUUGCCGAUAUCUAUGAUCUCCUUGCUGAGAUCUCCUUGGAGAACGAGAGAUACCCCGAUGCGAUUGAGGAUUCACGGAAGUCAUUGAAGUUCAAGAAGGAGCUGUACACCAACGAUAACGAGAUCAUUGCCGAGGCUCACUUCAAGCUGUCUCUAGCCCUGGAGUUCGCCUCUGUCACUGCGGAGGCGGGCGAGAAUGCCGAGAAGCAGGCAUUCGAUGAGAAGCUGCGCGAGGAGGCCGCCAACGAACUGGAGGCUGCCAUCAACAGCACGAAGGCGAAGCUACAGAACAAGGAGGUUGAGUUAGCUACUAUGGCAUCGCCAGAGGACAACGAGGUCACGCGAGCAACCAUUACCGACGUCAAAGACAUGAUUGCUGAUAUGGAGCAACGGCUUGAGGAGCUCCGCAAGCCUCCUAUCGACAUCAACGCCGCUCUUGGUGGUGAAGCCAUGGGAGGUAUCCUUGGCGCCGCCCUCGGUGAGUCGGCAGAGCAGACCCAGGCUCGUAUCGAGGAAGCCAAGAAAACUGCUACCGACCUUACCAGUCUGGUCAGGAAGAAGAACAAGGAAGAGCCGAAGCCCGCCGAGCCCCAGGCCAAUGGCGAGAACGGGACCAAGCGGAAGGCCGAGGAGCCUGCAGAGGACGAGUCGUCGAAGAAGGCCAAGGUUGAAGAGCCGACUGCAGAGGCUUAA